ACUCUAUUUUCCAAUGUUCAAGAAAGAGAAAGGGACUACAUUUCCCAUACUGCACUAGAAACGCAAGUUAAGAGUUUCAUUUCCGCUUGUAUUACCGUAUGAUUCAGGCUACAGUUAUCGACCCAUAACUGUUCGGCAAAUACUGAACGGUUUAUUUGCAUCUGGUGCUGAGGACAGAGUCAGAAGACAAUGAUUGAUUUUAAAGCAUGGGCAGAAUAUGUGGUGGAGUGGGCAGCCAAAGACCCGUAUGGCUUUCUCACCACGGUUAUCCUGGCAUUGACUCCUCUGUUCAUCGUCAGUGCCCUGUUGUCCUGGAAACUCGCCAAGAUGAUAGAAGCCAAGGACCGUGAUCAGAAGAAGAAACAGAAACGACAGGAGAACAUUGCAAAAGCCAAGAGAGCCAAGAAAGAUUGAGCUUGACAUCAUGAGACGUAGAGGGGUCAAAUAAAUAGCCCAAUCUCUCUUGAUAAAUCAACUUCCAUCAUAACCCAGGACAGUUAUGCCUUAUGGGAUCUGGAGCAAGACUGUGCUUAAAGGAGGCCUUUCUGAGGGGUUGAUUGAUCUCAGUGGCAGGACUGCAGUACUUUUCUAGACUAUUAUUAAUGCAGUAAAUAAUGCUCUGCAUAUUUGUGCAGUAUUCUGCAUUCCAUUUUUUACUGUUUUGUUUAUUCUUGCCAUUUCCAAGUUAAAUCCACUUAACAGUUAAUUUAUGUUUUUUUUUAAUAAUAAAACAUAUUAACGUGAUUUGCCUCAAAA